UUAAUCCACCUUCGAGGCUUCGAUUCCUCGACCUGCAUUGAGAGAAGGGUUUUGCAAAAACCUCGCAACAGCGCAGCAGAUCAUUCAGUUUCGGUGCCACAAUGAGAAGAAACGCCUCAAUUUCACUUCUUUUUCACUCCAAUCGUAUCAAUCUCCGCUCACUUUCAUCCCUCAUUUCGCCGAAGUUCAUUUCCGAUCCUUCCCCUUCAUAUUCCUCCCCUGUUUCAGCCCCCCAUCUCAAUCCCUGCACCAAAAACCAUGGAUUGUUCUUCAAGCUCAGCCGAUUUCAAGCAAACCCAUCUCGGAAUUUGGAAACCCUCGUGGAGAAACGCCCUCAAAUUUCUUCAAGACAGCGAAAAUUCAAGGAGAAAUCCGAGCUUGAGGAGGCUUUUGAAUCUGCAAACACUGUUGAUGAAAUGGUCAAGGCGUUUAAGGACAUGGAAUCCACUUUUGAAGAGAGGGAUCUCGGGUUGGCUUCCUUGAAAAUCGGUCUGAAACUUGAGCAAGAAGAUGAGGAUCCUGAAAAGAUACUGGUUUAUGCUACUAGAGCUUUGAAAGCCUUGGAUAAAGAUGAUAAUGGGAAACCUUCUUUACCUGUUGCUAUGACUUUACAAUUGUUGGGUUCUGUUAAUUAUAGCUUGAAAAGGUUUAGUGACAGUUUGGGGUACUUAAAUAGGGCUAAUAGGAUUCUAGGUCAGUUAGAGGAGAGUGGCUUUAGUGCUGAGGGUAUUAGGCCAGUGCUUCAUGCUGUGCAACUUGAGUUGGCAAAUGUUAAGACUGCAAUGGGGAGGAGAGAAGAAGCUCUUGCUAAUCUCAGGAAGUGUUUAGAGAUCAAGGAGUUAACCUUGGAGAAGGAUAGUCGAGAACUGGGGAAGGCGAAUCGAGAUUUGGCAGAAGCUUAUGUUGCUAUAUUGAACUUCAAGGAUGCUCUUCCCUUUUGUAUGCAGGCAUUGGAGAUACACAAGAAGCAGUUGGGGCAUAAUUCAGUUGAAGUUGCUCAUGAUAGGAGGCUUCUUGGGGUGAUUUACAGUGGGUUGGAAGAACAUCAAAAGGCAUUGGAGCAGAAUGAAUUGUCUCAGAAGGUUUUGAAGAACUGGGGCCUUAAUUCUGAUUUACUUCGUGCAGAAAUCGAUGCUGCUAAUAUGCAAAUUGCGCUCGGUAGGUACGAUGAGGCCAUCAGUACUCUUAAGGAUGUUGUUCAGCAUACCGAAAAAGACAGCGAAACUCAGGCAGUGGUGUUUAUCUCAAUGGGAAAAGUGUUGCAUAAUCAGGAAAAGUUUGCUGAUGCAAAGAGAUGUUUGGAGAUUGCUACUCGAAUUUUCGACAAGAAAGAAGCAGCUUCUCCAGUGGAAGCUGCUGAGGCGUAUUCAGAAAUAUCAAUGCAGUAUGAGUCGAUGAACGAGUUUGAAACUGCAAUUUCAUUAUUGAAAAGAUCUCUAGCUUUGCUUGAGAAGCUUCCUCAAGAACAGCACUCAGAAGGUAGUGUUUCAGCUAGAUUAGGGUGGUUGCUACUGUUGACUGGUAAAGUUCAUGAAGCUAUUCCAUACUUGGAGGGUGCAGCAGAGACUCUGAAAGAGAGUUUUGGUUCCAAGCAUUUUGGAGUUGGAUAUAUAUACAAUAAUCUUGGAGCUGCAUAUUUGGAACUCGAGAGACUUCAAUCGGCUGCGCAGAUGUUCGCAAUGGCAAAGGACAUUAUGGACGUAUCACUUGGCCCCCAUCACGCAGAUUCCAUUGAAGCCUGUCAGAAUCUUGCAAAAGCAUAUGGCUCAUUGGGAAGUUACGCCCUUGCAAUUGAAUUCCAAGAGCAAGUGGUUGAUGCUUGGGAAGGCCAUGGCUCAGCUGCAGAAGAUGAACUUAGAGAAGCCCAGCGAAUGCUCGAACAAUUGAAGAGGAAAGCACACGGUAAGUCGAAAAUCGAGCUCUCGAUGAAGGCCUUGCCCCUACCUCAUUCCUCCACCUCUUCCAAAACUCUGCAGCCUGAUAUUCCCAGCAGUCAGAAACAUCAAUAGCCACAACAUAUCAAAUCUGAUAAGCUAUUUUACGACUCCAGAUAAAUCGAUAGAUCGGAUCAAUCUUCUUGGUAAGUUUUAUCGUAUGGAAGCUCGGAUACUUUCAGAAAUACUUUCCUUUAAAGCCUCUGUCAUCUUUUGUGCAUAGCGGGAACGACCUUGAAAUAUAAGACCCUAUGUUUUGCAUGCAUGUCUUUCUACCCUGCUACUAGGAGAUGUAUUCACUGAAAGCUAUAUCCCCGGGAAAGAGACGACUGCAGUAACUCGUAGAAUUAUCGAAUCGGACAGGUGCUUUUUUUGAAACCAACUCCAUAGUCCCA